GCAGAGAUAAUCAUCACCAUCAUUACCAACAAGAAGCCAAGAGAAAGCACUACUCUAGCUUCUUGCUUCACGGGCUGCGCCGCUUCUUCUCGUCGCUUGUGCGUUUCCAAUCCCAGAUCUCAAGGCAAACAGCACUCCCUCUAUAAGCCAUUUGGUUUUGGUUUCUGGUUUGAAUUGAUUUUUUUUUUCUUGCUGGUCCUUUGACUUGGUACCUUCCCUUCCAACGCCAGAUUCUCUCUUUAUGUUUACACUUGUCACACUGGGGUUGCUGUAACAUUUGAUACAGAACCCUUGAAGAGUUUUAGGGGUUUGCCAGGUUUAAUAUUAAUGUGCUUUAAGUGUGAGAAUUGACUUCUGAGGUGUUGAGCAACCCAUGAUCACGGGGGGUCGGUGAUAGUUUUUGAAUUCUGUUGUUUGCUUUGCAUGGAAACCAAGGGACAAAUCUUGAAACAAUUCAAGUAUUGGUCUUUGGUUUUAACUAUUUGAUUAUUGCCAGCAUUUCCGGUUCCGGGUUUCGUAUAUAUUUAUUAAAUAUUAGUCUUGUAUUGGGAUCCAUAUAUGUUGAAGCUUUAGAACAUGCUAACAAGGGUUGUUAUUGGUGGUCUGCUGGAUUAGAAGUUGGUUCCUCGUAUUCAUCCAGUGUUUUGGAAUUGUAUAUUCUGUUGAAUUACUUGGUUCUCAAAUCCAAGCCCAUUUUUUAACAUAAUCAAGAGAGCAAAACUCGGUCCUUGAAUUGGGGCUUUGAAGGGUAUUAAAGCGGUUCUAGGAAAGAUCUUGGGUUGCAUAGAGGAAGUAUUACUAGAGUUAAUUUUGAUGUGCAAUACUGGUUUUAAGUACAAGACAUGCUGAGCUCUGAUGAGGGAGAAAAUGAUGUGUUCUAUGACUCGUCGGAUUGCUUGUUGGUUGAAGAGCCAGUUGUAGCAAAAGAAGAAUUGGAGGGUGGGAAAUUAGAGUAUGAAAUUUGGAUCAAUGAGCCACGAAGUGUGAAGGAAAGACGUGAAAAUUUUUUGCAUGGAAUGGAUCUGGUUGAGUUUGCAAAGUCAUCAAGGAUAAAGGAUUUGGAGAGGAUCACAGAGUGCAGUGGUGAUGUCCCAAGUUCUUUAUUUUCAUCUGUUGAAAAUGGCGAAGGAUAUAUGGCUUGUUGCCAUAGGGAAAUGCCUUGUCAACCAAAUUUGUUGGUCAAUGAAUCAGAAUUAGAACAGAACAUAGAUCUUAAGAUUGAGAACAAGAUAUUUUCUCCUACUCAAAAGGAAGCUCAAGCAUACUUGGAUGAAUGCGAAAAUGCUAAAGUUAAUGGGAAGAAAUUCACGAAAUGGUGGAAACAGUUUUUGAGCAUUAGGAAAGGAGGAGAAAGUAGUCGUGAAUCUAUGGUAUCAAAACCAAGUAUCAAAGUACAUAAAACAAACAGAAUGAUGGUUCAGCCCAACAAGAAAGGAUACAUGGAGUUUACAGCACUUUAUAUGGGACAAGAAAUACAGGCUCACAAGGGUUUCAUCUGGACAAUGAAGUUUAGCUCAGAUGGUCAGUAUUUGGCAACUGGUGGUGAAGAUGGGGUAGUACGUAUAUGGCGUGUAACAUCAACAGAUGGCUCUAGUAAGCCUUUCGUGGCUGAGGGCGGUUUGGUUAGAAAGAUGGGUAAAGGAAAGUCAGGUCUUGGCAGAAAAAAGUCGAUCCACUCACCAGUUGUUAUCCCUAAUAAGAUUUUUAAGAUUGAGGAGUCACCUAUUCAAGAGUUUCAUGGCCAUGCCAGUGAUGUUUUAGAUCUUGCAUGGUCCAAUACAAAUUUUCUUGUUUCUUCUUCCAUGGAUAAAACUGUUCGUCUGUGGCAAGUUGGCUGCGAUCAAUGUCUAAACGUUUUUCAUCAUAAUAACUAUGUCACGUGCAUUCAGUUCAAUCCCAUUGAUGACAAUUACUUCAUCAGUGGUUCUAUAGACGGAAAAGUUAGAAUCUGGGGAGUCUCUGAGAAGCGAGUUGUUCAUUGGGCAGAUGUGCGGGACAUUAUAACUGCUAUAUGUUACAGGCCAGAUGCGAAGGAAUUUGUCAUUGGUUCCAUCACAGGCACUUGCCACUUUUAUGAAGCAUCAGGCAGCGAUGUUAAUUUGAAGGCAGAGAUACAUAUCCGUGGCAGAAAGAAAACCUCUGGCAACAAAAUCACAAGUAUUCAGUUCUCCCAGGAUAAACCACCCAAAGUUAUGAUAACUUCUGAAGAUUCCAAACUCCGAAUAUUCGAUGGGGUGGAUAUUGUUCAUAAAUUUAAAGGACUGCCAAAGUCAGGAAGUCAGAUGUCGGCAUCUUUUACUUGGACCAGGAGACAUAUAAUUUCAGUUGGAGAAGACAGUCAUGUUUAUGUCUGGAACUACAAUGACUUGUGCCUCCAAAAAACGAAACAUGCAAAAUCUGUUCGUUCUUGCGAGCACUUCUUCUGCCAAGAUGUGUCUGUUGCAAUACCUUGGUUGGGCCAGGGUGUAGAUCAGAGGCACUCCGAUAUUAAUGAUUGCAGGGCUCAGUCACCAAUAGGGGGUGCUUCCUGGAUCAGAGAUUCAGAGCGAUUCUCUCUUGGUAACUGGUUCUCCAUUGAUGGGUCCUGCAAGGGUUCUGCCACAUGGCCUGAAGAAAAGCUUCCUUUGUGGGAUGCAACAGUUGUGGAAGAUGAAUGUUAUACAUAUGACAAGCAGCAGCUCUGUCACAAUAGUGCCAACUAUCACACGACCCUACCAGAAACAUGGGGGCUCGUGAUUGUUACAGGUGGAUGGAAUGGGACAAUCAGGACAUUCCACAACUAUGGAUUGCCUGUUAGGUUGUAGGAGUUUGCAUAGUCUGUUUGUAC